GACGUAUGAUCACUGUAACAACAGGAAUGAAUGUUUUUCAACGCUCGUCGUAAAUUUUUUUCGAAGAAAAAAACAAUGAAUUACGCGUUUAGGAACAUAUAAAUAUAAUUUAGAUCGAAAAUUUGGAGAUCGAAUUCAUCUAAAUACUUUGGAUGAAUAUUUAAUGGGAGAAAUUCUUAAAUAUAUAACCUUAAAUUAUUUAAGAUAAUGACUUCCAUUAUAAAAUUACAUACAAUUUCGGGGGCUAUGGACGAAUCGCCCCCUUGUUAUUUAUUACAAGUGGAUGAAGUUCGAAUACUUUUAGAUUGUGGGUGGGAUGAAAAAUUCGAUCAUGAUUUUAUAAAGGAACUAAAAAGGCAUGUUCACAGUAUAGAUGCAGUUUUACUUUCAUAUCCAGAUCCUCAACAUUUAGGGGCACUACCAUACUUAGUAGGAAAAUUAGGAUUAAAUUGUCCAAUAUAUGCAACAAUUCCUGUUUAUAAAAUGGGACAGAUGUUUAUGUAUGAUUUAUAUCAAUCGCAUCAUAAUAUGAGAGAUUUCGAUUUGUUUACAUUAGACGAUGUAGACGCUGCAUUUGAUAAAAUUAUUCAGUUGAAAUAUAAUCAAAGUGUUUCGAUGAAAGGAAAAGGCUAUGGAAUAACAAUUACUCCAUUACCCGCUGGCCAUAUGAUUGGUGGAACAAUAUGGAAAGUUAUGAAAGUUGGCGAAGAAGAUAUUAUUUAUGCAAAUGAUUUUAAUCACAAAAAAGAGCGACAUUUAAAUGGUUGUGAAUUAGAAAAAUUACAACGACCCUCUUUGUUGAUAACCGAUUCAUUUAAUGCUACAUACCAACAAGCAAGACGUCGUGCCCGCGAUGAAAAACUUAUGACAAAUAUUUUACAAACUUUACGAAAUAGUGGUAAUGUUUUGGUGUGUGUUGAUACUGCUGGAAGAGUUUUAGAACUGGCACAUAUGUUGGAUCAACUUUGGCGUAAUAAGGAAUCUGGAUUAUUGGCAUAUUCAUUGGCACUUUUAAACAAUGUCAGUUAUAAUGUUGUUGAAUUUGCUAAAUCGCAAAUUGAAUGGAUGAGUGAUAAGUUAAUGCGAACAUUUGAAGGUGCCAGAAACAAUCCAUUCCAAUUUAAACAUUUACAACUUUGUCAUAGUAUGGCAGAAUUGGCAAAUGUUCCUAGUCCAAAAGUUGUAUUGGCCAGUUCACCCGACAUGGAAUCCGGUUUUUCACGUGAAUUAUUUGUGCAAUGGGCAGGUUCACCAAAUAACAGUAUUAUAAUUACGUCUAGAACAUCUCCCGGUACAUUGGCUAGAGAUUUAAUAGAGAAUGGUGGUAAUAAAUUUAUUGAGUUAGAAGUGCGACGGCGUGUGAAGUUGGAAGGUGCUGAGUUGGAAGAAUAUCAUCGACAACGUGAAAAACAAGAAGCUGUUGAAAAAAUGGAACAAGAAGAAUCUAGUGAUUCAGACGAUGAUCUUGAAAUGAGUGUAAUUUCUCGUGGAAAACAUGAUAUUGUAAUUAAACAUGAAUUUAAAAAACAUGGUACUGGAUUUUUUAAGGCUGCAAAGAAACAACAUGCAAUGUUUCCGUUUCAUGAAGACAAGAUAAAAUGCGAUGAAUACGGUGAGAUUAUUAAACCAGAAGAUUAUAAAAUUGCUGAAAUAAUACCAGAAAAUGUAGAAGAAAUGAAAGAGGCACCCCCAAAAGAGGAAGAAAUCGUUGCGGAUGUACCCGAAGUUCCAACCAAGUGUAUUGUUUCAACAAGACGGAUUCAUUUACAAGCGCAAGUUCAAUUUAUUGAUUUCGAGGGUCGAUCAGAUGGUGAAUCAUUGUUGAAAAUUUUAUCUCAAUUACGACCACGAAGAGUUAUUGCAGUGAGAGGAAGUCCAGCUAGCACCAAAGCUAUUGAAGACCAUUGUCGUGAUAAUGUAGGAGCUAGAGUUUUUACACCUUCAAAAGGUGAAGUUGUAGAUGCUACAACUGAAACUCAUAUAUAUCAAGUUCGAUUAACAGAUGCUUUAGUUUCACAAUUAGACUUUCAGAAAGGAAAAGAUGGAGCUGAAUUGGCAUGGAUUGAUGCUCAGAUCAAUUUCAAAGAUAAAGCAAUCGAUGCUAGACCAGCACAACCUAAUCAAGACGAAGCUAUGGAAGAUGAACAAAUUUUAACUUUGGAGCCAUUAACCUCAAAUGACAUACCAGCACACGAAACAGCAUUUAUAAAUGAAAUAAAAUUGUCUGACUUUAAACAAAUUUUAACAAGACAAAAUAUCUCAUCUGAGUUUAGUGGUGGAAUUUUAUGGUGUUGUAAUGGUACCAUUGCAUUAAGGAAGGUUGAUACUGGUAGAAUUACAUUAGAAGGAUGUGUGUCAGAAGAUUACUAUAAAGUGCGUGAACUAUUGUAUGAACAAUAUGCCAUUGUUUAAAAUAUUUGAUGAAAACUUUAA